AUGAGUGUACGGACCCCACCCAGCCUCCUGGACCUGGCGGGAAUGCACCUGCUGAGGGAUGAUGACUUGGCCUUUUCUGCUCUGGAACAGCUGCCUGUGGAACUCUUCCCACCCCUCUUCACAGAGGCCUUCAAUGGGAGACACACUAACAUUCUGAAGGCCAUGGUGCAAGCCUGGCCCUUUGUCCGCCUGCCUCUGGGGGGUCUCAUUGAUCUGCCUCAUGUGGGGCCCCUACAAGCAGUGCUGGAAGCCCUUGAUGUCCUGCUUAUUCAGAAGGUUUGCUCCAGGAGAUGCAAACUGCGGGUGCUAGAUUUGCGGGACACUGGUCAUAACUUCUGGAGCAUGUGGUCUGGAGCCAGUGCUCACAGGUGCACAAGCUCAGGAAGAGCACCAGUGCCUGAGCCCAGGUCAGUGACAAAGCAGCAUGUGGCUCCACUGAAGGUUUUUAUAGACCUUUCCUUGAAAAAAAGGACCUUGGACAACUUCCCCACCUACCUCCUUAGGUGGGUGGAGCAAAGAAAAGCUUCCAUCCACCUGUGUUGUAAGAAGCUGAAGAUCUCUGCAAUGCCAAUGGACAAUAUUGUGAAGGUCCUGAGCAUGGUGCAGCUGGAUUGUAUCCAGGAGGUGCAAGUGAGUUGCACAUGGAAUCUGUCCACCCUGGCUACAUUUGCUCCUUUCCUGGGCCACAUGAGUAAUUUGCAGAGGCUCCGUCUCUUCCCCAUCCAAGUAUCUGCCUUCAGGAAGCAGGAGCACGAUCUUGCUGUUCAAAUUACCUCCCAGUUCCUGAGGCUGGGCCACCUCCGGGAUCUCCAUUUGGAGUCUCCCUCCUUCCUUGAAGGCCGCCUGGACCAGAUGCUCAGGUGCCUGACGACCACCCUGGACAACCUCUCAAUAACUAACUGCCAGCUUAUGGAAUCAGACUUGACCCACCUGUCCCAGUGUCCAAACAUCUGUCAACUAAAAAGCCUGGAACUGAAUGGUGUCACCCUAACGGACUUUAAUCCUGAGCUGCUUCAAGUUCUGCUGGAGAAAGUUGCAGCCACCCUCCAGGAACUGUACUUAGACCAGUGUGGGAUCAGGAACUCCCAGUUUGAGGCCAUCCUGCCGGCCCUGAGCCGCUGCUCCCAGCUCAGGUCCUUCAGCCUGUGUGGGAACCUCCUCUCCAUGGCCGUCAUGGAGAAGAUGCUACGACAAACCGCUGGGCUUUCCUGUUUAAGUCAGGAGUGGUAUCCUGCCCCUCAGGAGAGUUACAGCCCUCAGGGUGUUCCCCUGGAUGGCAGGCUUCCCCAGCUUCAGGCUGAGCUGUUGGAGAUUCUGAGAGACUUAGGCCAGCCCAGGACUGUCUGGCUUACAUUCAGCCCCUGUCCUCACUGUGGUGAUGACAUAUGCACUCACAUGGAGCCCAUUAUAUACAGCUGUACUAACCCUGCCUAG